GAAGUGGACCGACAUGCACCGCAUGGCUGACAAGGUUCACCUGGAGGAGCUUGUGAAGACUGGCAUCCUGAAUGGUAAUGUGGAGGACAUGAUGAAGGUCCACCUGGGCUCCGUCUUCAUGCCCCACGGCCUGGGACACCUGCUGGGCAUCGACGUACACGACGUGGGAGGAUACCCUGAGAGAGACGCUUGGUGCAGGAGUGAGAGCGAAACAAAAAGAGGCCAAGCUGCAGGAACAAGUUCAGGAUGAGGACAGGAGAGGAGGGAAGGUAAAAUGUUGUCUGAACUCUGAACACAGACGGUUCCAGGUUGCGCUGGAUGAUUUUGCACAGUUAUGCACUUCUGACAACUAAAUAGAGAAGACGGUUAACCCACAGAAGCCCUGGUUGAACCACUGAGUGUUCAGCAGCAUAAAGUGUCAGUGAGAGAAGUACACUUCUGAGGCAGGGCUCACCAAAUGUGAAUGCAGUGCUCAGUCAGUCUGUGGGUACAAGACAAACAAUACUGUGGGCUACUUUCAAUUACAGUCAGACUUGUUGGAGACGACUUAAUGAACGGACAUCGUUCAUCUUUAAUGACAGAAUUUUUUUUCUUCCUAUCUGGGUAGAAAAGUUUUGAGCAGUGAACCUGAAGACUCAGCUGAAACACCAUCAAAUGAAAUUCUUUAAUGUGAGCUGCCAGAGAAACUCUGGCAUAUUUUAUGGCUUGAAGAACUGAUUCACAAAAAAUAUUCAACACUUGGAAAAACUGUUUCCUGUGGCAGUGUGUCUGUGCUACAGGAGCAACCUCUGUUUGGUCUGGGCUGCAGACAUCCUACCAUAUAUUUCAUCCAAAAUAUAAAUCCUAGCUCAAUACUAUAAUUAAAGGAUGCCGCUUCAGAGUCUUUUUAACAGUGCAGCUGCGGUUUCACGAACUGUACUGUU